AUGAAGUCAGAAGACGCAGGUACGCGGGCUUCAACGCCGACCAUCACUGAAGAGCAAGACUGGAAUGCAAAAGAUUCCGAUGGCCUGUUGAAGUCCAAAGAGCACGUUGAAAGACAUGAUGGCAAUGAAGCUUCUCUCUUGCAGCGCAGAAUUUCGGUCAAAUAUCACCUGGCCAUCUUUAGCUUCUACAUUUUGACCCUGCUUGGCAUGGGGGUCCUUCUCGGCAGAAGCGGGAGAAGCUCGAAAAGGGCGAUUCUAUAUUCGCCGGCCAACGAGGCCCUAGAAUACUAUGUCGGGGAAUUCUCGGACGGCAACGAUCCACACGGCAUGUAUGUUGGGGAGCCUCGGCCCUCGCUCGAGAAGGCUUGGGAAGACCUAUUGGGACCCAUGAAUGUACGAUUAUCGCUGAAAGAUGUUCAAGCGUUCAAUCGUGAAGCGACAGCCGUUGGGCUAUCAGACGGGAGUGGCUAUGUCGGCACGUUGAAUGUGUACCAUGAGCUGCACUGUGUGAGAUGGCUUCAUAAAUACGUUUAUCAAGACGAGUAUUGGCCGGGCCUUGACGACGAGCAACGAAGAAAGAACAAGGUCCACAGUAAUCAUUGUCUCGGCACCUUAAAGAGCUUUGCCAUGUGUCAUGGCGAUGUCGGCAUGGUCAUCUACAGCUGGCAAAAAGACCGACUGAAGCCUGGCGCCAACGGCACAGGGCAUACUUGCGUCAACUGGGACAAGAUUUCACAAUGGACAAAGGAACGAACAGUCGACAUGUACAAACCAGGACUUCUUGUCCAUCCACAGCAUGGACCGGCAUACUCUGAGAAGGAGAAUGACAAAGAGCACAUCAAUGGAGCCCUUCACAAUCACGGAAGCACGUAA